AUGUCAUCAUUAGGAAGCUCAAAUACUGGUUCGAAUAUCGUUCUCUCAAAUAUCGUCUCUUCAGCUUUGGGUCAAUUGAAUUGGGCUGAAUUAGAACAAAAACAACCUAAACCUAUUAAACCUAUUCAUGUUAAACGACCAAUGAAUGCUUUUAUGGUUUGGGCACAAGCUGCACGAAAAAAUUUAACAACUAAUCUAUCAGUUGUUAAUAAUGCACAAUUAAGUAAAACAUUAGGAAAAUUGUGGAAAUCAUUACCACAAGAACAGCGUCGACCAUUUAUUGACGAAGCGGAACGUAUUCGAGAACAGCAUAAACGUGACUAUCCUGAAUAUAGAUAUCAACCAAAACGUAAACUUAAAAAUGCUCGUUAUCAUCCGUAUUCAACACCAAAUACAAGUAAAUCUUCAUCGUCGCCAUCAUCUACAUCAGCUAAUGAUAUAAGUGUACAAAGUGAUCAUCAUCCACCUAUGACAUCAUCCCCGUGUUCAUCGUCUAUUGAAGAAUCAUCAACGAAUCGGUCCUCGGUGAUUCCAUCAUUUCAAUCACAACAAAUCUAUGCACCAAAAUAUAGUCAAGAUGAUGACAAUGAUGAAAGUGGUUGUAGUUCAAAAGAGAAUUUUGCUCCGUUACCUUACUAUCCUGAAUCAAUAUCAACGAAUAUUGAAAAUACAAAUGAAUAUGAUACGAUGACCAAUGGUAUUUAUUCAAGUACAACAAUGCAAUCAAAUGAACAUUUUCCUUAUUCGAAUAUGUACAACUCCUAUUAUCAGUCAUUCCCUCAUCAUGUUGCUUCUGAUUAUGAAAAUACUUCUCGCUUUAAUGCAAACUAUGGUUUGAUCCCAUACGAUGCAUCGUACAUGACGUAUCCUUCAACUUCGUUUGUUCCACAUGCAACGACUAAUUUCAAUUAUAUAAAUAACCAUUAG